CACAUAAUUAGAUAAACGACUGCUGGGAGAACAGAGAGAGAGAGAGAGAGAGAGACAGAGAGAGAGAGAGAGACAAAGAGAGAGAGAGUCAGAAAGAGGCUCAUUCUAUCCACAGUAUUAAGAGUCAUAGCUUCUCUGGUCGACACGACGGACGGCAAUUUACCCAACAUGGGAGUUUUGGCAUUCUUUAAAGAAUUCUUCCUGGGGUUCUGGGAUUAUGAGACCCCGAAGAUCAUGGUAGUGAAGAACAGGAGUCUGGGCGUCAUUUACAGAUCUGUACAGCUUCUGGUCAUCACAUACUUCAUUUGGUAUGUGUUUAUCAGUCAGAAGGCAUAUCAGGAAACAGAGGACCGUCCAGAGAGCUCCGUCUACACUGAGAUGAGAGGGGUGGCCAUACUGGGAGAGAGUGUACGGGACACGACCGAGUACGCCUCGCCAUAUGAGGGUGGUGAUGUCAUUAGUACGAUACUGAGGAGGGAGGUGACACACAAUCAAAGACAGGGCACGUGUGCCGAGCAUUUCAGCAUCCCAAAUGCAAACUGCACCUCAGAUGCUGACUGCGUCCCGGGCGAGCUGGACUUCGACAGCCACGGUCAGAGAACAGGAUACUGUGUACCUUACUACAAUUACACCUUUAAAACCUGCGAGAUCAAAACCUGGUGCCCGAUCGAGGAGGCUGCUGCAGAGAUAGAGCCACCACUGGAAGAAGCCGUCAACUUCACAGUCUUCAUCAAGAACGCCAUCCAUUUCCCAAAGUUCAAAGUGCUCAGGGUGAACAUCAAACCGAGGAAGCCGAAGAAGCUCCUGCGGUGUCAUUACCACCCCGAGACCAACCCGUACUGCCCUGUGUUCAGACUCGGCUACAUCGCUGAUCAGGCCCGAGAGAAGUUCAGCGAACUCUGCAAAACUGGCGGAGUGAUCGGAGCGUUUAUUAACUGGAACUGCGACUUCGACGACGAUCCGUCAGCAUGCGUUCCUACUUACUCGUUUCGGAGGCUGGACCUCAGGAAAACCCUGACCAGCUCGGGUUACCACUACAGGUUUGCCAAGUACUACCACAAGGACGGCGUGGAGUACAGAACACUUAUAAAAGCGUUUGGGAUUCGUUUGGACGUCAUCGUACACGGACAUGCAGGAAAAUUUAGCCUCAUCCCAACCAUCAUCAAUGCGGUCACAGCCAUGACCUCAGUGGGAAUAUGCUCGAUCAUCUGUGAUUGGAUCAUGCUGACGUUUAUCGAUAAGAACGAGGUCUACAGCGGAAAGAAGUUUGACGACGUUACUAAGAACCCCCGUCCGCCAGUCGUCACAGAGAUCACUCUGACCAGCUACGGCUCCACCCACUCUGACCUCUCAGACGGGGUGCCAUUGUGAGACUCCGCCCCCUUUUAUCCUGGACCGCCGAUGCAAUGCAGAAAAACAUCCCGAGUGCGACGAGAUGAGCGGACAGGAACUUUUUAAAUGGGAAGGACUUGUGAAGAGGGAAUAAAGCAAAAGGUGAUGUGAGACAGUCUGGAGAAACGAAAAGAAAGCUUCUGCUUCAACCUACAGUAUUGAAAACUUACAUAUGAGCUAAUCUGAACUAAAACUACAAUAAAAACUCACAUACUGACUAAUAAUAUGGCUGUUCUGUGGAUGACUCAACAGUCGCCAUGGUAAUCUGACAUACUGUACUGGACAUAAGCUGACAGACUAUUAGGCACAUAUUGUAAAUAAAACCCAUAUUUAAGGUUGUUGGGAGAAAAUAAAUAAAUAAAGUUUCAAAUAAGAAUAAAAUCAUAUAAACCUCCUAUACAGCUCGAAGUGAUAUUUAGAACAAAGGGUACAUUAUUCUUCUUUACACAUGCUCCUGUCGGAUUUAAAGCCACAAAUGUCGACAGCGACAACCUCGACCAAUAAUCCUUCUUUUUCCAAGAAGUGCUGCCAUGAAAGGAAGGACGAGGAUGAAAUUCUUCUUGUCGGAGAGCCACUCUAUUCGCCAUAAUCCGAUAACGGGCAGCUCUUCCUGUGAGACGAGCUUUCAUAAUGAGAUUGAAGAGAAAGCGCUGCUACAUCCACCCAACCCGUACCAAAGUGUGAUUAAUAGCAGCUCAUCGAUUUUCCCCGGGCUCACACUUUUGAGGUUUAUGGAUCGGCCUCCGAAGAGACUGGCUUAAAACCACACCUCUGUAGCCAGGGCAGCAGACGGAAACCAGAUCCCACAUCCAGACAGAGAGCUUUCCUACAGGUUUGCGCUUAAAAGGUUCGGUUUCUACCGCUUCCUCUCAUCGCCGUCCACUGUUCAGAACAGGACGGCGAU